UAGAGUCUGCGGGAGGUUUCAAGAUGGCGGCAGUUGCGUGAGGCGCGAUACUCGCCGCGCGAUUCCCUUUUGCUGGCGCUCGCCGUCAUGAAGGGCAAGGAACGUUCUCCUGCCAAGGCCAAACGGUCCCGUGGUGGCGAAGACUCGUCUUCGGCACGGAGCGAGCGGAGCAGUAAGAAGCCAAGCAACGGUGGCGGGAAAUCGGCGGGUGGCGGCUCUGGUGAGGGUGGUAGCAGCAGCAGUCGGCGGAGUCUUCAUUUGGAAAAGGCCAGCCGGGCCAGCAGCCGCGAGUACGACUCCGCUACGGUGGGCAGCUCUGGGGGCGGCGGGAGCAGCAGCCGCCACGGCUACAGCGGCACCAAUAGUAGUAGCAAGAACGCGGAGUCCUCCUCGUCCUCGCGUGGCAGCCGCGGCGGCGGCGAUUCCCGAGCGGCCCCCUCCGACGCCGGCAGCAGCAGUGAGUACAAGACUCUUAAGAUCAGCGAGUUGGGCUCCGCGCUGAGCGAUGAGGCGAUCGAGGAUGGGCUGUUCCACGAGUUCAAGCGUUUCGGAGACGUAAGUGUCAAAAUCAGCCGCCUCCCGCCCGGUACUGGAGCUGGCGACGAACGGGUGGCCUUUGUCAACUUCCGCCGCCCGGAGGAUGCCCGGGCUGCCAAGCAUGCUCGCGGGCGCCUGGUUCUCUAUGACCGGCCACUGAAGAUCGAGGCUGUCUAUGUGGGGGGCAAUAGUGGAGGAGGAAGUGGCCGGCGUCGUGCCAGCCGCUCUCCAGCCCUUUUGGACAAGGAGUCUCCUUAUGGAGCCACAGCGGUGGGUGUAGCAGGCGCUGCACCUGCAGCUAUCAGACAUCCCUCUACCGGGGCUACCCAGAGGGCCCUCUCUCCUGCUGGUGGAGGAGCAGGCUUGGGAUACAGAGACUUCAGGCUCCAGCAGCUUGCCCUGGGCCGCCUGCCACCGCCACCUCUGCCUAGGGAGUUGGAAAGAGAACGAGAUUAUGGGGGCUUCUAUGACCGUGUGAGGCCUGCAUACAGUCUGGAUCGAGUUGCUGGUGUGGCAGCAGCUGCAUUUCGUGGAGUUGGUGGCACAGGAACUGCCAGCGAGGAAGAGAUCAGCCCUGAGGAUGACCAGAGAGCCAAUCGUACAUUGUUCCUGGGCAAUCUGGAUAUAUCAGUGACUGAAUCAGAUCUCCGCAGGGCUUUUGAUCGCUUUGGGGUUAUCACUGAGGUGGAUAUCAAGAGGCCAUCCCGAGGUCAGACUACCACCUACGGAUUUCUCAAGUUUGAAAAUCUGGAUAUGGCCCACCGGGCUAAACUUGCCAUGUCUGGCAAGCUGCUGCUGCGUAACCCUAUCAAAAUUGGCUAUGGUAAAGCCACCCCUACCACACGACUCUGGGUGGGUGGUUUGGGGCCUUGGGUGCCAUUAGCUGCCCUUGCCAGGGAGUUUGACCGUUUUGGCACUAUUCGCACCAUUGACUAUCGUAAAGGUGACUCAUGGGCUUACAUUCAGUAUGAGAGCUUGGAUGCUGCACAAGCUGCUUGUACCCACAUGCGUGGCUUUCCUUUGGGUGGGCCAGACCGUCGUCUACGGGUGGACUUUGCUGACACUGAGCAUCGUUACCAGCAACCUUAUUUGCAGCCAUUGCCACUUCCACCCCCUGCUCACUAUGAACUGGUAGCAGAGACAUCUGCCUUUGGGGCACAUCGUGGUGCUCCACCAGAUCCACUCAGAGGUGCUCGGGAUAGGACCCCACCCCUGCUGUAUGGAGAUCGUGAUAGAGAUCUCUAUCCUGAAACAGAAUGGGUGCCUCCCCCACCUCCAGUUCGGGACAGAGGGAACAGAACAACUGUUUAUGAUGCACUAGAAAGUCUGGAACGUCGGCGAGAUGGUUGGUCUCUAGAAAGAACUCGUGGGGAAAGGGAGUUAGCCAGCAGCAGUAGGGACCCACCUAGGAAGCGAAGGCUAGUGGAGGAUGGGGGACGGCAUUUGGACCGUUCUCCAGACAGUGAACGAUCGUCUUCAUCCCGCAAGCGUCACUGCCCACCUGCAGUCUCUCCACAAGACCGUAGCCCUGAGCCAAGUAUGGGCAGAGACCGCUACAGUAGUGAUACAGAACGACCGUCCUCUCGGUCGCUCCUGCUAGAUCGUCCUUCACCCGUCAGAGAGCCACGGAGAGGUAGCUUGGAGAGAAGCCAGAGUGAGAAGCGUGACCACAAGAACACUGAAAGGGAACGAAAACAUCGCACGCUUAUAACGGCUACUACCCAAGAGUGCAAGAGUCCUGCAAAAAAGGAUGAGCAUGCAUCUGAAGCAAGCAGUGGUGGAGGAUCUCGGCUGAAACCUCCACCCCAAAAGCAACAACAGCAGGAUGGAACCUCAAAGUCUGGGUCAUCCUCUAAACUGUGCCUGGCUUGGCAAGGAAUGCUUCUGUUGAAGAACAGCAACUUUCCAUCUAACAUGCACCUACUUCAGGGGGAUCUGAGUGUGGCCAGCAGUCUCCUGGUGGAAGGAGCAACUGGUGGCAAAGUGGCCCAGCUAAAGAUCACACAGCGCCUCCGUUUGGACCAGCCCAAGCUGGAUGAAGUUACUCGUCGUAUCAAAGUGGCAGGACCCAAUGGAUAUGCUAUUCUCUUGGCUGUGCCUGGUACCACAGACAACCGUGUCUCAUCUGGGGCUGGUGAAGCUAACACCACCUCUACACAGCGGCCGCUCAGAAACCUGGUGUCCUAUCUUAAACAAAAACAGGCAGCUGGGGUGAUAAGCCUCCCAGUAGGGGGCAACAAAGACAAAGAAAACAGCGGGGUCUUGCAUGCUUUUCCACCCUGUGAUUUUUCUCAGCAGUUCCUGGAUUCUACAGCCAAGGCCCUGGCUAAAUCAGAGGAUGACUAUUUGGUUAUGAUCAUUGUCCGUGGUGCAUCUUAAAGCCCUAAUACUUUCUGUGCUCUGUCCUGCUGCUUCACCCCCCCCCCCAUUCCAGUGUCUGCCAGGUGCUAUGCGAUGAGCCUUAGCCAGUUCCCCAAGUAUAAUUUUUAAUUAGAUAUGUAGUUCAUCUUACCUUUCCUCAUUUUUCUAUAAACUCUUUAGAAGGCAGACUUGUUAGCUGUCUGUUAGUAUGGUUAGGCUACCUUGACUGUCUUGCUGAUGGGAAGGUCUGCUUCACUAAAAUAUGAAACCCAAACCAAGAUUCUUUCUCUCCUGUUUUUUUAAAAAGCUUUUUAACUAGUCCUUUUUCAUUUCAUAACUUUAAAGUAGAUAUAAAAAAUCUCUUCCCUGUGCAUAUAAAUCUAAGUGGCCAGAUUUAAAGGAUUUGUGGCUCAUACAGAAUCACAUGCUUAAAAAGACAAGCAAAUGCCCAUUGUGAACCCUGUGAAAGCCUUGGAUUUGUAGCCUUGAAAUCAGAAUAAUCCCUUCCCCAAGAACCUGACAAUAAAAUUUGAGUUUGAAUUGAUUCAAGGUUGAUUUCCCAGAGGCAGCUAAUACUUAAGCUUUUGUGAUACACUAUAGACUUCUUUCACUGGGUAUUAGUUUUUUGCCAAGCCCACAAAGAAUGUGUAACAGGUGUACCCUUGAACCUCUGGUGCAUUUGGGAUUGUAGUCACAAUACAUGAUAAAGAGACGAGCUUUUCUACAAUCCAUAAACAUCUUGUACUUCAGUAUGCAAGAAGCAGGUGCUUUUAAGACAACUUGCGAUUGCUUGCAUUUUUAUUAUUGCCCUUUGGUAAUUGUGGUAGGGAUAGUGAAUUCCAAAAUGUAAUUUGGAAAUAUAAUUUUCAGAGAUGGCACUUAACUUUUGUAAAAGGUUCUGCUGCACAACCCUUUCAAUAUUAUUUUAUACCCACAAAAAUAGAAAGGAAUGCCACCUGGUACAUAUUUUUCAGGUAAAAUUUAAUGGGCAUUAUGCAAGGUUUUAUAGUCUGGAUAGCACUGUUUUAAUCCUGACACUUUUGCAAUCAUCUUGCAUUUCCAAAUGGUGGAGAAGCAGUUCAGUUUAUUCAAAUAACACAAUUUGUUGGAAAAAACAAUUUUUUUAAAAAAAAAACCCUACAAAAAUACCUUGAUAAGGAUGGGGGGGGGAGUAGAAUGUGUGGCUUCAUUUGCCUUACCUUUUCAUUCAAAGAUUUUAUUAGCCCUCUAAGACAUUACUCUGAGUAACAAAUAAUGUUUUCCAUUUGAUGUAAAAUGGUUCUGCCCAGGUAUAAAGGUUCACAUUUUUUGAAAUGUGGCUGGAUGGGAAAAAAACAUACUGCUUGGUAAAAGCUUAUAUUGAGAAGCAUGUUAAAGUCACUUUUUAGAGCAAAGCCUGACUUCUGAAACCAGUUGGUUCUUUAACUUUUUUAAAAAACAUAGCUCUAGCACCCUAAACCCCAUGAUGAGUGCUAACAGAUUUGAUAUAACUAUGUUAAUACAUAACGCAUACUGAAAAUAUCAGCUGUCCUGUAAUAAAGGAAGAAAACUUUGAAUUGUGGGCUUAAGAGCCCUUCAACAUGCAUGCAAAAUCUAGCCACUUUUCUUACUAUUGAGAAUUGUGUAGUAUUUUGAAACAGUAACAACUUCAAGGAAGGUGUUUCAUAUGUUCCCUGCUUCCAGACAAAGUCAAUAAGACAAGUCUAUGUUGACAGUUACUGCAUAACAUGAAUAUUAUGGGGUUAACCAUGCCAUUGCACUUGUCAAGCACUGGUGACAUAGUGAGUUCUCUUACUGUAUUUGUUGGGAGAAGGAGUCAGAUCUCUGUGUUGAGUUCAUGGGUCACUUACAGAAAGCCACCUUUGUAACCCUUCAAAACAUUUAAACUUGUUCAGGUUCAAGAGUCAAGCUUAGUGUGCAUUCUCCAAAAUGCAGUGCUCUACUUUGUUAAAGCCAUACCGAACUUGAAUUUGAAGUAAAGUGUAUGAAUAUACUUGCUUACUAGCAAGCUGCUGGCAACUGGUGUCAGAAAAACUCCACAUCUUAUUUUCCUCCGUGAAAAUGAAAACAAAUUAUGUUCAUUGCUGCUUAUCUUCAUGACCUGAAGUGUUUUAAGGUUACAUGAAAUGGGCAGUUUCAGAUUUUCCAAAUCCUUUAAGUUGUUUGCUUUGAUAAAAAAAAUCUGGUUCAUUUGUAGCUAGAAAAGGAAACCUAGAAUUUUAAAAGCCCUUUAUAGGGUGAAAUGAUUGAAGAACAACAUUUUAUGUCAUAGUACCUAAUCAAAACUGCCAUAAAAUCUAAAUCCAAUUUUGGGGACUGUAUUUGCUCUUGAGUUUGCAUAGUAGCACAAUUAUCCUUUUUGAGACAUCUGGGUAAGAGUUCAGUCCUAGCAAAAGUUGAGUUUAAUGCCACUUUUACACAGAUUAAUGUGGAGUUAUUGUCUUUAUAUAAUGGCAUUAUGGAGCUUCUGUGGGAGCAAUGCAUACUUGAAUGCUGCAUGUAUUCACAACUGUUUCCAUCCAUUGCAGUGUAUUGCCUUAGAAUGGAGAAUUGUCUUUUUCUGAAACAUUGUUUAAUAGCCACUUUGUUGCUUAGGGAAAAAAAAACUUUGAAGUGGUCUAUUGUCAUUAAGACUUAAAUUUUUUACAAUUGGAAACUUAAACAGCUGUUUGGCUGGUAGCCAGCAACUGUGCAUGCUUGAAGGUUCAGCAUAUAGACUGCUGUUGGCUGACAAUGUGGCAUGAAUUUAAGGCUACCUCAUUACUGUGAGAUCCACUUCUGUGUUCUAUAUAGUGGCUUCCUAUUUUGGGAAGUCCAAAUGAGAACGUUGAAAGUGGAGGCAAGAUUAUAGCAUUUUUAAAUCUUCGGUGUGAAUCACUUCCCAAGGAGUGCAAGAGGGAAAGGAAAUAACUUAUUUGGACGACUUAAGGAGCCUGAGUGUGGCCAUGAUUUAGAGUGUGUACAUGGAAUGCAUCUGAAAGACCUCUUGCAAUUGAACGAUAAAUGGAAAUGCUAGAGGUUGCCACUAAAAUAUAUUCAGGAACAGUACUUGGAAGGCACUUGAUAAAAUUUGAAAACUAAUUGGAAGAAAUCAAUGUAAAAAUAACAAGAUGUAUGGUAGUCUAGCCUGACUUCCAUUUAUUUUGUGCAGAUAAAAAUAAUAGAUACUCCAGAUGUGUCAUGGAAGAUAAAUAUUUCCGGUUGUACUAAACCGAAUUACAAUAUUUUGGAAAAACUGGGAAAUUAUUUUGAGGAUGAAGAGGGGGGGGGAUGUAAUGUACAUCAUUGGCUCCCCCCCUCCAGUAACUGAUGAGCUUGCUGCUGGAGAUACACAGUAAAGUGAGAAAAUAUACACACAAACAGAACACUAAAUUUCAUGUUCUUGUUUGAGUUGCUUUUUUGAAAAAGAGAAAUUGUGUGAGUUGUGAAAGAACUCAGUUGAUUCUUCUCCUGGGUUUUUAUCUUUUUUUAUCAGGUCAAUUGAAUGUCUUCAAUCUGUAUUCUAUGUUUUAAACCCCCAGAGCUAUUCAUUGUGCAUCUAUAUAUAGAUGUUAAUUCAUUUCAAAAGUUUUGUGCCAGUGAAGGGUGAUUGGUACUUUCAGACUUUCCCUAGAAUAUUCAGGAAAAGCCUUGUAGUUCUGUAAACUAUCUGUUAAUAUAAGGAGAGGACAAAUCUGUUGUAAACACUUGUACUGAAUAACCUCUUCUUUCCUCCUGAAAGCAAGGCUGGUGAAUUGCUGAAGACAACAAGGGAUUCCAAGCUCUAAUGGACCUUUGCGAAGAAAAGCUUUGGCUUGUGUGGAAUUUACAUGGGCCUCAUGGAAGAAAGCUUGUCUGUUUAGUAUUUGUGCAUUUUACUAAAAUGGCAGCUUAAAAAAAGUUGUGUAUCUGCUAUUGUGAUGCCAAUGCCCGUGUUUUAAGUGGAAAAUUGACCUCUUUGCUUUGUGCUGUGUACACAAGAUUUCUGCAAAAGUAAAGGAAAAAAACCCUUUUUAUGGCUCACACAGCUUAAAGUAGCUGUCACUCAAAACAUGCGCUCACAGUCGAGCUAAUUUUGUUUCAUUCUAAAUAAAUUGUUUCUUUUGAGGAAA